AUGGCGAAUACACAAUUCGCCCUUACAUCAAAACUGCACGAAAAGAAUAUCUGUACUGGUUUAAGUAAUUUGCAACAAAAUGGAGAAUUUGUGGACAUGACUCUAGCAGCAGAUGGACACCUUGUAAAAGUGCAUCAAGUAAUACUAGCACUUGCUAGUCCGUAUAUCAAAGAUCUAAUCUCUUCAGCUCAAUGUCAACACCCGGUUAUAUUUCUUAACAAAAUAUCCUACACAACACUUGCUGCUAUGCUAGAGUACAUUUACACAGGUGAAGUUUUGGUUACAGUUGAUAAUUUAAGAGAACUGCUUGAAGCAGGUAAAGAACUUCACAUAAAGGGCUUGGAGGAUAUGCACCUAGAGACGGCACUAACCCCGAAGAAUAGUCCCAGACAGGAUACAGAAGAUGGAGAUAAAAUUAUGGAGGGCGAGAUGUACCUAGACACAAAUAGCGGGGAUGGGGAAGAUUUUGGACAGAAUAUUAUUCAUAAAGAUACAUACAUAGACUACGACCGGGACGAUACUAUCAUUCAAGAGUCAUUCAUUGAGGACGCGAUGGACGCAGAUGAAACAGGAUCGAUAAACGAAAGUCGCAUUAAGGAAAACACACUAUGUCAACAAAUAAAUCAAAAUUUGCAGCGAGUUGGUAUCUCCAAAGUGAAAGUGGCGAACUCUAAGAAGGAUGCAGAGGCCAACGCCCUACAAUACACAGUGUCCAACCAGGGCUCCCUUCAAAUGAUCCUAAACCGCUACAUGUAUUACUUGAAAUAUACGAAUAGGAACAAGUCACGACAGUGGCGAUGCGUCGACUAUAUCAACAGCAUAAGAUGUCCAGCACACGUCGUCACGAAGGACGACGUUGUUGUCCAGAGAAUAUCAGCACACACGCAUCCAUUCCACGACAAAAGGAUUUUAAAGAAACUAAGGGCCGGUGCAAUUUUCUCUAAGAUCGUGGAAGCGGAAAGGGAAGGGGAGAAUAUAAUCAAAACUCGCAGCAAAAACGACAGCAACGCUCAGAGUGAAUGA